AUGACCGACACCUUCACGGUUCCGUACCUGCCCUGCCAGGUCAAGGCCAUCUACUCGUGGUCGGGCGAGGAAGACAACGACCUGGGCUUCAUUGAAGGAGACAUCAUUGACGUCCUCAACACGGGAGACGGAAACUGGUGGACUGGCAAACUACGACGAAACAACGUCACUGGAGUGUUCCCUCGCAACUUUGUGGUUCUGGACGAGCCCAAGGGCGGCCGACGACCCCACCAGCCGCCUCAGAAACGGUACACUCUGUGUGACGGAGACGACAGCUACAACGGAGGAUACAGCUCAGCUGACGCUUCUCAGGUGUCUCUGGAGCUGACGAGGUCUCCCUCGACUGAAGUGUCUGCUCUGGACAUUGCUAAGCCCGUCAAUGGCGGUUACAAGUCUUUGGAUCCCGCUCAAUCUUCGCCACAGUCUUUUGACCCACUUGCUAAGCUAAGUAUGCAUCUUCAGAGUAUUGAUCUGGGACAUGAUCCACUGUACCCUCCUGUUCCUCCUCAUGGAGUGAAGCAAACCUCCAACACACGCAGCGGCAAUCAGUCUACAAACUCACACAAUGCCACCUACGACAAAUACUCAUCUCUGUCUAACCACAAAAGAACCAACUCGGAUGAUGGUAACUUUUCUGGCGACUUUUCCGGAGACUACUCUGGGGAUCUGGUCAACCACAAGUUUGACAGAGACAUUACUCCACGACACAAUGGUCUCGACCGGACGCCAUCGCCGCUCAGAAACGCCAUGGACGACGUUCUGCUGAGUCUAGAUGGUAUGAAACAAGGUGCUAGAGCACAACAAGACUACAGAGAUUUCACACCUACCAAAGACAGACCAUACGGGGCUGUCCAUACGCCAAUGGCGUACCGACCUGAGGCAAGGAGACAGUUGUCGUACCACGAGAAACGGUCCUCUUGGAUCCAAAGUGCAGGCCAGAAGACUUUUCAUAUGGGCGACAAUGAGAGUGCGGCUUCUUCAGACGACGAAGAAGAUGUUCCAUUUUCUCCCGACUCUUAUGGCAAGCUUCCAUUUUCGCCUGACUCGUACAGUGGGGGUUCUGCUGGAGUCCAUCGAGCAGACACUGUCAACUCGUACUCCUCGGAGAUGACAAAAAUGUCUGGGGUUUCGGGCUGUUCUUUGCCGACCACUGUGUCUGAUUUCAGUGCCACUUCUGCUGCUGACUUCCACAUGCGCCAGGGUCUCCACGAAGUGACCACAAAGUACAUGGCUGACAUUGAGUCCACUAUGAAGACAGAUUCCGCUGACUACGAUGCCACGGAGGUGCCCGUGGCUCUGCCCAACCAGUUGGGUCCCGAGAAGUCGCUCAAGAUGCGAAAGUCCACGGGCUUCCUCAAGAAGUUCAUUAAGAAGGUGACCAACACAGUUCCUUCUUCAGGCUCGACUCCAAACAUGUACAAGACAGCAUUUGUGGAGUCUUCGCCGUCUUCACGAGCUUCGCCCAAACGAACCGCUUCCAUCAAGUCCAACAAGUCCAGUCGCUCGCUCCGGUCCAUCAAGUCUCUGUCGGCAAUCUCCUUCUCCUCCAGCAACUUCAGCUCCGCAGCUCUCAUGAGCGAACCAAGCAAGACCAGCAAUGUCAAGCAGUCGGCUGUGGAUCCCAAACAGUGGAUUGAGAUUCGCCAGAAUGUCCACAGGGCCAACACCGUUACCGCUGUGGAACGUAAGGAGCGGCAGAAGAAACUGGCUCUGGAGGGUAUCAGAUGCAUUGAGCCGCUCAAGAAAACAGCGCAACUCAUCUCGCCACGGAAGAUUGAAACUGAUCUCAGUCACGUGGACCGCUACGUGCGAACACAAAUGUCUUCGCUUGCGUCGUCGUCCACUCCCCACCUGCUCAUGUCCAGACAUGUCAUGCCACAGUUCCAAUAUGAGAUUGAACGGCUCCGAGCUGUCUUCAUGUUCUGUUCCGAGAAGCUCAAGUGGACUGGAGACCAUGCCGAGAGAUAUGACAUUGACUUACAAGCGACGAUGCAAAGCCGAAAGGCCACCACUCAGGAAGUGGCCAUGUUGGUGUCGCAUAUGUGUGCUGCCUUGGGAGUGCACUGCCAGGUUAUCCCAGGUAUGCUCAAGGCCCCUGGAGGGGUGUUUGACUCGCGAUCCACACUAACACCAAACCACUUCUGGAAUGCGGUGCUUGUGGAUGACCAAUGGCGAGUCAUGGACUGCACUCUUGCCAACCCUUCGUUCCCGCUGCGAUAUCAGUACUCUGCAGCCAGUGAUCGAGCCUGCGACGACUUUUACUUCCUCGCUUCCCCUGCGGAGGCCAUCUACACGCACAUCCCCACCAAGGAGACGUACCAGCAUCUUGAGCCCGGCCCUCUGGAUCUCAUGACCGCUCUUGCACUGCCUGUGCUGUGUCCUAAGUACUGGGACACGCGGGUCAAGCUCACCAACUACGACACCACUCUGAUGCGGCUCAAGAACCUCGAGGUCGGAGAAGUGACCUUCACUGUGUCUCCAGACAUGGAGAUCUUUGCGGACGUGCAACCGGGCUCUUUUGCUGCCCAUGGACACUCGGCCAUGCUUGAAUACGCAGCCUCCAGAACCAUCCAAAAGGUGCCCACCUUGUGCCAGGUGUACUGGGAGUUUGGCAAGCGAAUCUACCGGGUCAAGGCCGUUCUUCCUCCUGGUUUCGCACAGGGACUGGUCAACGUCUAUUGUGGUCCCAAGGGCAAGAACUCAUCGCACAGAAAGAACCACCAUCCUGUCGUGGCAGCCUUCCCCAUCACACACAGUGGAACCACUCAGCAGUUUGAGUUUGUCAUCAGACAUCCCACUCCUCACUGCAAGCUGCAGGAUCUCUAUGUGGUCCAACCCCAGUGCUACAAACUCACAGUCGGCAACAUCUACCACUUUGCCAUCAAGCAGCACCCCAGCUCGGGCAUCAACUCUGGCUCCGGCUUUGCCCGCACCAAAAUCGCCAUUCAGCCUCCUUCGGGCAAAAUCACAAAACUCGUGCUCAAGGAAGACGACUCCACCACCACCCACGGGCUCUGGGAGCUCAGUGUCAAGUGUACCGAAAGCGGCCCCUGGCGGGCGCUGGUGCUCACUGACAGUGGCAGUGCAUGGAGCGUCUUUGCUGAAUGGCUCUGUAGCUAA